AUGUCUGAAUCCUUAUUACAAUAUGGGAAUCGUAUUAAUAUUUAUAAAAAUGUAUGUCAAAUAAUAAUAAAUCAAUUAAAUAUAACAUUUGAUCAAUUAUGUCAAUUUCAUUAUUAUCAUCAUCAUAAUAAUAAUAAUAAACAAUAUGAAAUAGUCAAUAACGAUUUACUUGUUAAUAUGAAUAUUUCUAAUAUUAUGAAUGAUCAUUCUAAUACAAGUAAUGAGAUACAAAUACAGAAUAAAAUGAAUUAUAUAAAAUCUAUUCAAUCUAAUUUAUAUACUAUACAAAUGAAUAUACAACAACUUUCUGGAUGGUAUUUAUUAAUUUAUCGUCUUUUAACUAAUAUACCAGCUAUGUUAAUAUGUUUUAUUUAUGGUUUAUUAUUGAAUAGAAUAAGUCAAAAUUAUAUUAUGAUUAUACCAUGUUUAGGAUGUAUUCUAUCAUGUAUAUUAUUUAUAAUUAAUUUAUUACCAAAUUUAAAAUUAAUACAAAUUCAAUGA